AUGCGCAAACUCAGGCAUGGUGCACAGAGUGGGCACGAGUGUGGGCACAAUGCACAGAGUGCACAUGAGUGUCAGCACAGUGCAUGGAGUGUGCGUAAGAGUGAGCACAGUGCAGGGAAUGUGCGUGAACACGGGCACGGUGCACGGAGCAUGCACGAGUGUGAGCACAGUGCAGGGAACGUGCGUGAACACAGGCACAGUGCACAGAGCAUGAGUGAGCGUGAGCACAGUGCAGGGAACAUGUGUGAACACAGGCAUGGUGCACAGAGCAUGCAUGAGCGCGAGCACAGUGCAGGGAAUGUGCAUGAACACAGGCACCACGCACGGAGCAUGCAUCAGCGUGAGCACAGUGCAAGGAACAUGCGUGAACACAGGCACGGUGCACGGAGCAUGCAUGAGUGUGAGCACAGUGCAGGGAACAUGCGUGAACACAGGCACGGUACACAGAGCAUGCAUGAGCGUGAGCACAGUGCAGGGAACAUGUGUGAACACAGGCACGGUGCACAUAGCAUGCACGAGCGUGAGCACAGUGCAGGGAACAUGCAUGAGUGUGAGCACAGUGCAAGGAACAUGGGUGAACACAGGCAUGGUGCACAGAGCAUGCAUGAGCAUGAUCACAGUGCAGGGAAUGUGCAAGAACACAGGCACCAUGCAUGGAGCAUGCAUGAGCGUGAGCACAGUGCAGGGAACAUGCGUGAACACAGACACGAUACACAACGGUGGGUGUGCUGCACAGAGCUUGUGGGCACAGCACUGCUUGCAGAUGUAUUUUUAGGAUUAACUACUUGUAUUUGA